CCAGGCAUGGCCACCAUGCUGUACCCCCGCGAGGAGAAGCUGGAGAAGAUGAGCCAAGAUGAGAUUGUGCUGGGCACCAAGGCGGUGGUGCAGGGCCUGGAGACCCUGCGCACCGAGCACCACUCCUUGCUGGCCGCCCUGCUUGACACCGUCAACCACCUUGAGCAGCAGCACGAGACCAGCGCCACCCAGGAGAAGGCCAGCCUCCUGCGCAAGUCCUUGGAUGCCAUCGAGUUGGGGCUCGGGGAAGCCCAGGUGAUCAUCGCCCUCUCGAGCCACCUGAGUUCUGUGGAGUCGGAGAAGCAGAAGCUGCGGGCCCAGGUGCGGCGCCUGGUGCAGGAGAACCAGUGGCUGCGGGACGAGCUGGCCAGCACCCAGCAGAAGCUGCAGGGCAGCGAGCAGGCCGUGGCCCAGCUGGAGGAGGAGAAGAAGCACCUGGAGUUCAUGAACCAGAUCAAGAAGUUUGACGAGGACGUCUCGCCCUCAGAGGAAAAGAACGGGGAGACAGCCAAGGACUCGCUGGAUGAUCUGUUCCCUAAUGAUGAUGACCAGGGACAAGGGCCGAACCACGGGAGUGGCGAUGCAGCAGCCCAACACGGCGGUUACGAGAUCCCGGCGCGCCUGCGGACGCUGCACAACCUAGUAAUCCAGUAUGCCUCCCAAGGGCGCUACGAGGUGGCCGUACCACUCUGCAAGCAGGCCCUGGAGGACCUUGAGAAGACGUCCGGCCAUGAUCACCCUGACGUGGCUACCAUGCUGAAUAUCCUUGCAUUGGUGUACAGGGACCAGAACAAGUACAAGGAAGCCGCUCACCUUCUCAACGAUGCCUUGGCUAUCCGGGAGAAGACCCUGGGGAAGGACCACCCUGCCGUGGCCGCCACGCUGAACAAUCUGGCCGUGCUGUACGGGAAACGGGGCAAGUACAAAGAGGCGGAGCCAUUGUGCAAGAGGGCGCUGGAGAUCCGCGAGAAGGUGCUUGGGAAAUAUCACCCAGACGUCGCCAAGCAGCUGAACAACUUGGCGCUCUUGUGCCAGAACCAGGGCAAAUACGAAGAGGUCCAGUACUAUUACCGGCGCGCCCUGGAGAUCUACGAAUCCCGCCUCGGCCCCGACGAUCCCAACGUGGCCAAGACAAAGAACAACCUGGCCUCCUGCUACCUCAAACAAGGGAAAUAUAAGGAUGCCGAGACGCUCUACAAGGAGAUCCUGACCCGAGCGCACGAGAGAGAAUUUGGAUCGGUCAAUGGAGACAACAAGCCAAUCUGGAUGCAUGCCGAAGAGCGAGAGGAGUACAAGGAUAAGCGCAAGGAGAAGGAUAGCGCCCCCUACGGGGAGUACGGCAGCUGGUACAAAGCCUGCAAGGUGGACAGCCCCACGGUCAACACGACUCUGAAAAGCCUGGGGGCUCUCUACCGACGCCAGGGCAAGCUGGAGGCCGCAGAGACUCUGGAGGAGUGCGCCCUGAAAACCCGCAAACAGGGCAUGGAUGCCAUCAACCAGAGCAAAGUGGUGGAACUGCUGAAGGACGGGAACCGCUCAGAGCAUCGGACGACCCGUGAGGGGGCUUCCAGUGCCAACAAGUGUGAAAAUGGGGCUGAACCAGAGGAUGGGGCAGCCGAGUGGUCAGGGGCGGGCUCUGGGGCCUUGCGACGUAGCGGCUCCUUUGGGAAACUGCGCGACGCCCUGCGGCGGAGCAGCGAGAUGCUGGUGAAGAAAUUGCAGGGGAGCAGCCCACAGGAGCCCCGGAACCCAGGGAUGAAGCGAGCUAGCUCUCUGAAUUUCCUCAACAAGAGUGUCGAAGAAGAAUCGAGCCAGGGGCCCAGCAGCCUGUCGGAGAGCCGGGGGCUCAGCGCCAGCAAUGUAGACCUUUCUCGACGCAGCUCCCUGCUGGCGUGA